CGGAGAGCACGCUGUUUGCGGGGGGGCGCGAGCCGAGGGACGACUGGCCCCGUCUACCCGAAGCCGUGGCUAAGGCUCGUCCCGGCGCAAGACGCCGGAUGCAGCCGACCGCUCUGCAGGACCGGGCGCCGGAAGGUCGGGGCCAGCGCUGACCCGCCGGCAGUCCGGCCGCCGGGUGUGUCGUGUCGCAUAACGGCGGCUCCGUGACGGUAUACCACCGCGGGCGGUCAGUCACUCACGUCUCCGCGUGAUUGUUCCCAUCUCUCCCUCGGUACGGCGACUAAGAAGCAGCCAUGAGUAACCCGAACAGCUUUCACGUGCAAGUAAACUCCCUCACAAAUGUCAGCGUCUCUCCCGGGCAGGGCUACAGCCAGACGUUCACGCAAGGUGUGCAGCAGUCGCCCGGCCACGCGAGCACCGUGUCGGUCAUGGCGCGCUCACCGCGGCCCGUGUUCGGCCCUCCGGGCGUGAUGUACGGUCCGCCGCCGGGGGCGCCGUUCGGGGCUCCUCCGCUGCCGGGACAGUUCGGGCCGUCGGCCUUCGGACCCCCGCAGCCAAGGCCGCCACCGGAGAGGUUCCGGCGGAGCUACCGCGACCUGCGGCCCGAACCGCGGCGAGGACGGGACGACCGGGACGGCAGGCGGCCGCCCUCACCCGGCCGCGACGGCAGCCGGGAACGAAGCGGGGACGAGGACCAGGACGACGACGACGCCGAUUCGGCCAGUCGUCGGCGGCGGCGUGGAGGGGGACGUCGUAGCCGCGAGGACAACGAGGAGGCUGACCGCCACGCCCCUUCGUGCCCCGUCAGCAAGGCGAGCCGCGAGCGCGCAAGGCGCGACGAGGACGAGGACGAGGACGAGACGGAACGGCCGGCACGCAGGAGGAAGAAAUACGCGCGCGGUUCGUCCGACAACAUGAAGCGCUACAUCACCGUCGUCCAGAGGGUCUACUCGGACAAGGGUAAAGACAAGGACAAGAUGGUGGACCAGGCAACUCUCGACAAGCUUGAGGCCGGCUUCAAGAAGCUGCAGGCUGCCAGUGACUGCAAGUCGCUUCUCAAGAAAUACCUCACCAAGGAGGUGUUCGACAAGCUUAAGACCCGCAAGACCGCUAUGGGUGCCACCCUGCUGGACGUCAUCCAGUCGGGCGUGGAGAACCUGGACAGCGGCGUCGGCCUGUACGCGCCGGACGCCGAGUCGUACACCCUGUUCGCCGACCUGUUCAACCCGGUGAUCGAGGACUACCACGGAGGCUUCAAGUCCACAGAUAAGCACCCGCCCACCGACUUCGGCGACCUCAACACGCUCGUCAACCUGGACCCCGAGAACAAGUUCGUCGUCUCCACCAGGGUCCGCUGCGGUCGCUCGCUGCAGGGCUACCCGUUCAACCCGUGCCUGACCGAGGCCCAGUACAAGGAGAUGGAGGAGAAGGUCAGCUCGGCCCUGCGGGGCCUGGACGGCGAGCACAAGGGCACCUACUACCCGCUGACCGGCAUGACGAAGGAGACUCAGCAGCAGCUCAUCGACGACCACUUCCUGUUCAAGGAGGGCGACCGCUUCCUGCAGGCGGCCAACGCCUGCCGCUACUGGCCCACCGGGCGAGGCAUCUUCCACAACGACGCCAAGACCUUCCUGGUGUGGUGCAACGAGGAGGACCACCUGCGGAUCAUCUCUAUGCAGCAGGGAGGGGACCUCAAGCAGAUUUUUGGCCGCAUGGUGAACGGCGUGAAGGAGAUCGAGAAGAAGCUGCCUUUCUCGCGGGACGACCGGCUGGGAUUCCUGACCUUCUGCCCCACAAACCUGGGUACCACCAUCCGUGCCAGUGUGCACAUCAAGCUGCCCAAGCUGGCCGCCGACAAGGCCAAGCUCGACUCCAUCGCGGCCAAGUACAACCUGCAAGUGCGAGGCACGCGCGGAGAACACACGGAAAGCGAGGGCGGAGUGUACGACAUCUCCAACAAGCGCCGCAUGGGUCUGACCGAGUACCAGGCCGUCAGGGAGAUGCAGGACGGCAUUCAAGAACUUAUCAAGCUUGAGCAAGCCGCCUAGAGAGGGUGCCACAAGUCACCACCACCUCUGACCUUCCCCCCCUCUCCACUGUCCCAUUGCGCGCGCUAAUGCGCGCGCUCCAAGGCACGACGACUUGAUUCGUGCCGGAACACGGCUGCGGGGGCAACACGCCGCCUCGCUGCCGCCGUCGGUGCAUGGCUGGAGGGGUAGCACUCGAUCAGCCUUCAUUUUUUGUGCCUGGCGAUGAUCCCCAGGGAUUUGAGCGUCAAGUCACCGUAGGUCACGGGCCGCACCCUGUUGACCAUAUUGAAGCUACCGCUUCUGUGUGCUCUGCUAGAGAGGUCAUUUAUUGGGUAACAAAAAAAAAUUUCGGGAGCGUUCGUACACCAAGAUUUAGGUGCGUGCUGAGCGGAAGCGUUCUCCUGCAGAUAUGUCUAAGGAUGUCUAAGGCGCGCGCGUAAGCAACUUACUGCUCUUGGGUGAAACAACGAAACAAAGUAGUCACAUGGGUGGCCGACUACACCUAGGCUCUUCUUGGCCUAACCUUACAAAACACUUCUUGUUACGCUUCCGAAGACUUCCUCAGUGCAGGCUAACGUCACUGCGUUUGACAACGGUUGCUAUAAAAGCCUGGAAGUGUUAAAGGUCGGGUCACAAUUGCAUUGCAAGCUAUGUCGGCCUGAAAUUGUCCAAGUCUGUUCGUUCUUAAACACUCGUGCCAUAUUUCAAGAAGCCUAGGGCUUCCAGGACUACUUACUUGAACGCUGCGUGAUUACGUAUGUGGUUGUGACUACUGCACUAUUACUGCCCAGUCGCAGCGAUCUGGUUUCCUAGGCAUGGAUAUACCUGCACGAAGCUCACUCCACUCAAUGGUGAUGCAAGAUGCCUGCAGCCGGUUUGGCGCAAAGAGCAUCCACCUCAACGACGGUAGCACUUUCGUACACAUUACAUCAAAGAUGACGUCAUCUGCUUCGCUCUCACUGCUCUUAUAGGCGUGUAUCGAACCGGUGCCUGCUGGCAGCCAGCAUUCGGGGUUAUUGCUUCUACUUCUGAAGCGUUGAUGAAACGGCAAAUACAUCGCAUCCUGAGUCGUUCGGUGACAGUUUAUUCCUAACAAAAUGAAGGUUGACCGCGUUCCUACUCCAGCCGACAUCGACGAGUCCCCCCUAUACCUCACUGCAAUUCCACAGACGACCUUCUUUCUCCCAGACGCCGGUUAGCGCUCACUCCGGCUUCCGUAAAAGCACCCCUGGAACGGAACAGCUCUAAAAUCGCCAAAGCUUCAGAGAGGACCACCCGCGGUUUUCGGAAGAGAGAAACACGAAAAACACAGCAUACUAUAAACUCUCCGUCGCUUUUUCUUCUUCAUUUUUGUAUAGACUCGCAGUAUACCGCUUCGCAAUACGCUAGAACAAACAGAGAGGCUUCAACGAAAUGCUGCUUCCUAUUUUUCGAAGGAAAGAGGCGGCCAGGACCGCAGUGUGGCUCCGAGGACGUGUAAGGCUGAGAAGGGAAUCCUUCCUUGGUGCUGCUAUUUUUGCGAAUGAAACGUGAUGAUGAUGAUGCGUGAAUGGUGCCGUAGCAUCGUUUAUUUUGUCCCACUGGUUUCUUCGUAGCCCGCAGCGCAUACUGUAGCCACCUCUUGAGCAAGACUCUAGUCAACACUUGUCCUUUCUUUUUUUCUUCUCGUUCGGUUACCUCUUCGUAAGGAGGACAGACAGACUCGCCAUAGCCUCGACUCUAGUCAGCACACAUAGGCAUGCUCAAAGGGAAAACACGCCAGGCACAGCAGCUUCCGAGCCGCGUUCCAGUCACUGGCGCAGCUGCGGGGAACGGCGCCGCUAUUUUUCUUGGCGGAAAGCCCAACGGAAGGUUUGUCCGACGGACGACGUCAAUAAAGCAUCGAUAAACAGGACAA